AUGCGUUCGUACAGUGGUUGCGUCACUUGCCGGCAUCGAAAACUCAAGUGCGAUGAAGAGAGGCCAGUGUGUCAAAAUUGUACCAAGAGCUCACGCGAUUGUCGCUACGUCGAAAGAGCAGUCUUUCGCAGUUUUGACAGUAGUGUACUAUUGAAUGGGAAAUUAAAGAACAGCGUAGACACUCGCGAACCGUUUGAUGACAAUCAAACAUGGCUGAGCAUCCCCAGACGUCGCCUAGUCACUUUCAUCAAUAUUGAGGAUCCAUAUGAUUACGAUUCCCCAUCUUUGCCUGAGUGUGACUUGGAGAACCUGGAUCACUCAGUGGCACACAACCUAGACGACGAGACAACGCAAACGCCUCAUACCGGCAAGGAUGAAACAUCAGAUAGGGAUGGAGAUAAUCUCACACACUUCUCAAGAACUCUAAAUGGGGAUGAACCCCUGGCUAUACCUCGAUCAAAUGAUGAUUCGCAUGACAAUAUCUUGACCUUGCGAUUACUGCGACACUUCAAAGAAGGACCUGGACAAUGGAUGGAUACUUUUGAUACUGGAGCCUACUUCUCACACAAGGUAACAGUCAUGGCAGCCACAAAACCCUUGUUGAAAUCCGCCGUGUGUGCUCUCGCGGCCAAGCACCUGGGGCACUGUCAAACAAAUAUGACUCGACGAUAUGGAGAGCUUUCAGAUGAGAGACGUAUUCUCUUGUCUCCGUUUGAUGACAGAGUUGACUGGCAUUAUCAAUCUGCUAAACAUUAUGGUUAUGCUAUAAAGCAUCUCAAAAUCGCUAUCAAUCUAGGAGCUUUUGAAACAGACGAUGCCGAUAAAGAAGAAUUAUUUGCUUCUAUAACAAUACUAUGCACGUAUGAGCUGAUGGACGCCCCAGGCACAGCUUGGAGUGCCCAUCUCAGCGCUCUACCGCUAUUCAGCCCAAGACCGGAUGCCGAGUUAAUUCUGGGCUCCCCCAUCUCAAUUCCGAGGGCUCCUGUGUCGGGACCGAUAUUCUGGAGCCUGGCUAGACAAGAUUUGCUCUGCUCCUUCAUAAGUGAGACGCAGACGCGACUGGAUUUGAAAGAUAUUCGUCUAUGGCAAAAUGCAGGUCUUGUCACUGACGAACAUGGAUCACUGAUGCCCUUUUACAUCUCAAACGCUGCUGAUGUUGAAGAGGAUGCAAGAAGUAAUGAACUGGUCUGGCUGCUGGGUAAAAUUGCGAACCACAUUGCCGCUGGAGAUGCCCUAGAUCCUAAGCACUAUGCUCUUCCGCCAGGGCAGCGACCCCUAGUCGGUGUAACACAAGAGCAGCUGCUGGAGAGAUGGAAUAUCCUCAUUAGAGAGCUUCAAAACUGGCGUUGUAGCCUUCCAGCCAGCUUCAACCCGAGUGCCCGAACCACUGGUGCUGAAAUGACUGGAGCGGUUGAAGAGGAGGAAGAGAGUUGCCCUCUAAACUUUGAGAAGAUAUGGUACGAAGCGCCGAUAUGUGCCGCAACAAUGCAGAGCUAUCACAUGGCCUGCAUUUUGUUACUAACAAAUCAGCCUCAAGAGUCCACCGCAGUACGAUCGUCCGUUUCUGCGCGUCUAGACUCGUAUCGACAAAGUGAGCGUGAGGCUCUCCGCCACGCUCGGGAAAUUUGCGGCAUCAGCCUAACAAACCCUCCGGAUUCGGUGCGCGUGCACUCUGUGCAAGCUCUCUUUGUAGCGGGACAAGUAUUUACCGAUUCGCAAGACCUUCAGGUGGUGCUCGGGCUUUUGUCCAGCAUUGAACGAGACCUUGGAUGGACGACAAGCCACCAUGCUUCGCGAAUUACAGAUUUGUUGGCUAGGCGGAGUAGUGAUAAAGAUCCAGAAUGGAUCUUUAGCUAA